GAGCUAGAGAAUGGCGAGUUUACAGCGCUACCGGAAUGCACCUGAAGGCAUCAUCGGUAGAGACUAUGAGGAGGAGCUCAGCUAGCUGGUAGCUGCAUGAACACACUGAGCAGAGCACACCCAGCAGCCAGCGAGCCACUCGGUGUUAAACAGGCACUACCAUGUCGGGGAAGAGUUUCCGAGUCAGCGACGGGGACUGGAUUUGCCCUGAUAAAAAGUGUGGAAACGUGAACUUUGCUAGAAGAACCAGUUGUAACAGAUGUGGUAGGGAGAAAACUACAGAGGCAAAGAUGAUGAAAGCUGGAGGAACAGAGAUUGGGAAAACUCUGGCUGAAAAGAGUCGAGGCCUCUUCAGUGCAAAUGAUUGGCAAUGCAAAACAUGCGGCAAUGUCAAUUGGGCUAGGCGGUCAGAGUGCAACAUGUGUAACACCCCAAAGUAUGCCAAGCUUGAAGAGAGGACAGGUUAUGGUGGAGGUUUCAAUGAAAGAGAGAACGUGGAAUACAUUGAACGGGAGGAAUCUGAUGGCGAAUAUGAUGAAUUUGGUAGGAAAAAGAAAAAGUUUCGUGGAAGGAGAGACAGCACACCUUCCGCAAAAGAACCUGAAAAGAAAGAAGUAGCAAAAGUAGUAGCUGCAGCUGCACCUGACGAGGAGGAGGAAGAAGAUGAAGAAGAAGAAGAUGGUGACCUUUCCAAAUACAAGUUGGAUGAUGAUGAAGAAGAUGACGAUGGAGACCUGUCAAAGUACGACCUGGACGCCAGUGAUGAGGAGGGGAAGCCAGCUGAGAAAAAGGGCAGCCCUUCGGGUUCGUCCCGUUCCCGCUCGUCCUCGCGCUCCUCCAGCUCCAGUUCACGGUCGAGGUCCAGGUCCCGCUCGAGAAGCUCAUCCAGUUCCAGGUCUGGAUCUCGCUCGAGGUCCCACUCCAGAUCCAGUUCUGGAAAGGGCUCCUCUCCCCGGAAGAGGUCCCGCUCACCCUCCUCCUCACCUGAGAGGGGACAGAAGCGCAGUCGCUCCAGGUCCUCAUCUGGAGAGAGAAAGCGGAGGCGUUCUAGAUCACGUUCGUCCGAAAGGCGCCGCGGACAGUCCUCUGGAUCCUCCCAUUCUGGCUCCAGUCCAAAAAAGGAAUAACUUUAUUACAGCCUUUAAAACAAGACAAAGGAACCUUAGUAGGAAAGUGCAUGUUGGGUUGCAAGGAAAACAACCACAUCAUUUCAGUAUGCUGUCCUUUUUCAUAGCAAAGUCUUAUUUCCCUCAAAAAAAAGACAGCGGCAACAUGACUUCUUCUUCUCUCUGCUGUUACCCAUCAUUUCAAGCUCCCUUUCUAAAACCACAUACACCCCCAAUCUGUGACAAGUGUCUAACUACAGGUGUCCAAUAAACAUAAAUGUUUGGUCCCAUAAGAAAAUCAAAUAUACUUUGAAGAGGCAUUUUAAAACCCAUAUCUUCAUGGCAGUACAUUUUAUUCUACUCAUCUGUGGAGACAUUCAAGUAAACAUUUUUAAUUAUUUUUUUUGGCCCUAGGAAAACAUUUGAGAUUAUCUUUAUUUUUUUAAUAAAUACAUUCUUCAACAUGAAGUUGAAGUACUUGAGCACCAAUUAAGAAAUAACAGACGUAGCAAUGAAUUUUGGCCCCUUUUUAUUUUCUUGAUAAAUAUAUAUUUUGUGUUUUCAAGGUAAGUAUUUUACUUUUUUGAUAUUGCUUGUAUUAACUAAAUGGCAGUAAAUUCAACAUUCUUUGGUUGAGGUGUUUAGUGUUGUUUUUUUUUUUUUUUAUUCUUGACACAAUUGUCACCUGUUUUACCACUCAGUUACUCCUCUUCAUUUGUCACUUGGGAAACUAAAUGAAUUCAAGAAAUUACUGAUAUUCGUGCCCCAGAUUAGUACACCCCAGAAUAAUAAAACACACCAUACAUUAUGUCCCGAUUCAUGGUAGAAUGUGGCAAUACAGUCCUUUUUAUUGGUGGAACAACUCAAAUGUACACGUGUAAAUAAACUCCUGUCGACAUUG